AGUUUAUGUUGUUAUUCACGGAUGUUUAAACCUGAAACACUAAAUACCAAAUGUGAUCUAUUUCCAGAAGAUCGGUCUUUUUGAAAGGACCACAAAGAUAUGGGGAAACCUGGUCACGUGGUAAACAAAAUAUUAUUGCUGACUGUUUGUCUGGUUUUAACGAGGGCUGCGAGUAUAGACCCACCCGAGAGUGGCUCCAUUCUCUUCAAGUUUGUAGAAAGGUCUGCAGGUGAUGAUCACGAUCACACAGCCGAUGAUCAUGAAGAUAAAAUUCCUCACAGUGCAGACCCACUCGACAGUGGCCUGGGCUCCAUUCUCUUUCUGUCAGGAACUUUCCUGAUUGGGGCUGUAUCAAGACACAUAAUCAACAAGAUCGGCUACAAUAUUCCCUACACUGUGGUACUCUUGGCUAUUGGAAUGUUGAUAGGUGCCCUAUUCAAACACUGGGAGAAGGAAUUUCAUGGGUAUGCCGGAAUGAUACACAUAGAUCCUCAUCUCCUGAUGUUUACGUUUCUUCCUGUCUUGCUAUUUGAAUCUGCAUUCUUGCUCGAUAUUCAUGCCAUCAAAAAGUCUAUCGGGCAGAUUCUAGUUCUAGCGUUACCCGGUUACAUAGUUACCUCGGCAACAACUGCAGUUGUGGUCUAUUACAUAUUCCAAUACGACUGGUCCUGGAAUACCUCUAUGAUGGUAGGUGCUAUACUGAGUGCUACAGAUCCAGUGGCGGUAGUCGCACUUCUGAAGAGCAGUCCUGGCGGUAAAGACGUUCACCACCUAUCGAUUGUUAUAGAAGGCGAGUCACUGCUGAACGAUGGAGCAGCUAUAGUUUUGUUUAACAUUUUUCAGAACAACGCCAUGAAACCCUGCCCCGGGGAGACAUACUUCUGUGAAAUAGGGAAAGUGUUAACAAAUUUCACAGCCGAGCAGUUCUGUGACCCAAACCGGCUCAAUUACUUGAAUUGUACUGAACCACUUCGUAUCAACAAACAAAUGUGCACUGAUUUGACCGUGGAAGAGAUUUUAAUAGAUAUAGCCGUGAAAGUGUUAGGAGGGCCUUGUUUUGGGAUAGUAAUGGGUUAUGUGUUUGUCUUCUGGCUAGGAAAGGUCUUUAACGACUACUUGACCGAAAUAACAAUCACAGUCGGAUCUCCAUAUUUGGUGUACUACAUCAGUGAGAUGUUCCUUCAAUCGUCCGGGGUGCUGUCGGUAGUUUUGUUUGGAUGUGUAGUCAACAUGAAUAAAAUGAACAUAAGUCCAGAAAUCGAAGCUUUCUUAAACAAAUUCUGGGAACAGAUGGGUUAUCUGGUGAAUACAAUAAUAUUCCUGGUGGUUGGAAUGAUCAUAACAUUCUCAGCUCUAGAGAAUAUAGAAGUGACCGACAUAGUGUACCUUGGCGCAUUGUACGUAGGGGUGGCUGCCUCCAGAUCAUUGAUGCUGAUGUUUUUCCAUUGCGUCCUUUCCAGGACAGGGUACGGAAGUACCUGGCAGUCAGCAUCUGUCCUGAUGUGGGGUGCUCUAAGAGGAGCUGUUUCUCUGGCACUAGCUCUUCAAGUGAAUCACAAUGCGGGAUUCUGUAAGGCGAUGAGAAGCAAGAUACUGUUCUUUGUUUCAGGGAUCGUCGUGCUAACUUUACUUAUCAACUCGACGACAUUCAACCAAGUUCUGUCAAUACUAGGAUUUUGUCAUAUCUCUAAAGCUAAAAAGGUGGCAGUAGAUUCUGCUGCCACGAUAAUAAUGGAAGCAAUGAAAAAGGAACUGCAUUCCCUAAAACAGGAUGAUAAACACACGGAUAGCAGCUGGGAAGAAGUUAAGAAGAUAUGUUACAUAGAUACGAUCUACAACACAGAAAAAGAUAUUUUGACGAAUAGGCGGGAGAUAGAGAAAUUACACGAUCAGGUGACUGCGUGCAAUAACUGUUCCACUAAAGUUGCAGUACCGCUUACAAGGGCAGAACUGAGCGAGUUUUAUGAUGAAUCUAGGUCUAGGGUGUUCAAAGCUUUUAAGAUAAGUCUCUGGAAACAGUUCGAUCACGGGUUGUUGAGUAAGCCGGCGCUGCGGUUUCUAGACGACAUGUGUGAUCAAACACUAGACAUUCGAGACAAGUUCAUCGAGCUAUCUGAGAUUGAAUACAUGUGGCACACUGGAUGUACACUGUCAUAUUUUAAAUCAAAGCUGGUUUCACUCCAGGCAGGCAGCAAGGAGGAUAACUUCCCAAUUCCUAACAAUAUCCACCAAUACAGGGUUUAUCAGCUAGUAUCUACUACCGCAUUCGAUAUGGUUAUCAUGUUUUGCAUUUUCGUAAAUAUCAUUAUGGUAAUAGUAGAGCUAUCUAUGCCUUCAGCCAUGUGUGAAGGAACAGAAAAAACUAACCUUAGUAUUGCUUUUGGAAUUUCAAACUAUUGUUUCUUGGCCCUUUUCAUCAUCGAAAUGAUAUUGAAACUCAUCGGCCAGCGAAAAUACUAUUUUUUCAACAAGUGGAAUUUGGUAGAUUUUGCAAUCAUCAUCAUCUCGAUCGCUGACUCCGUCUCAGACAUCUUUACAGCCUGUGGCUCAGCCAACCUUAAUUUCAACGUUUUCAGAGUCAUCCGAAUUGUGCGGUUGUUCAGAUGCGUUCGUCUCAUAAAGUGGAUACUUCUAUUUUUUCAAAAAGUGGUGAGAGAUCUAAUACACAAGUCAGUUUCGGCUGGGUACGAUAUUGGGAGUGCAUUCAUUGUUGCUUCUGACGAAGUUUUGGAACACUUGGAACAGAUUGUCGCUUACGAGGAGUGCAGGGCUGUCUUCAAGGAAAAAAUUCUCAAAGCUCGUAAUGAAGUAAAUAAAAGUUUAGCCUUGGUAAGGAAAGAAUUCCCAGGGAUAGCCAUAGCUAUAAAUACCAAACAAGUGGUGCGACUUAUUCUAAAUAAAGGCAGAGACACCAAUUGGAAGCUUCUCCAAGAUGGUUUAGUAGAAGAGUUUGACUGUGCUUUGUUCACCAAACAGUUAGAAGAAAAGAUGAAACGUUUGCUUGCUAACCCUACACAUUGGAUAUCUCCUCCCGAUGCCUACAGUAUGUUUGUUAAGGUACCCUGGCUGAAAAAUUUGCCGGAAUACGUUGUGACUAACUUUAGUAAUCUUGCAGAACAUCACCUUUACACCAAAGGGGAGGCAUUUAUAAAGAAGGGAGAGAUCGCUGAUGGGGUGUUUUUAAUAAUUUCCGGACAAGCUAGAGUUGUCCACUCCUUGGAGGAUAUUGAGGUCGCCUCGUCAAAAUCAGACCUCGCCAAAACAUCUAGUUUGCAUUUGGCUUGUCAUCUAAAACACAAUGUUCUAUUAGGCCCCGGAGCAAUAGUUGGGGAGCAGAGCAUUCUCGUUAACCGACCAAGAGGAUCGCAUGUUGUGUGCGAGUCUGAUCUACAGUGCUACUUUAUAUCAGCUGAAGAUAUGCACGGGCUCAUGCUCAAAUAUCCUAUCAUUGAGGAGAACCUCUGGAGACUUUGCUCCAUCAGAAUGGCUCAGACUCUUCUCUCAAAAACAAAUAAAUAUAAAACAUGCAGUUUUGAUGGACUUAAAGCUCGGUGUGAGCAAAGUGUACUGGCAACGUUGGUUCCAGAAACCAGUAAUGGAAUAUUUGAAAUAGACGAGGUCAUUACAGAUGUGAUUGUAAUAUACGGUUCAACAAGAUGUUUCCCCUCUAACAUUGUAAUAAAUGGACCCAAACUGGUACCCGAGGGCACAACUAAGCUUCAUCUCAUGUCUCCGUGUAAAAUGCUAACAAUUAUCAGCCCAACACAUGAUAUCGACCUGAAGAAAUACAACGAAACAGCGCCAAAACCCCAAAAAGUGGAGAAUGAAUCGCUUUCUUCCCAACAAAGUCUAUUAUAUCCAGGAGAUAGUGAUAGUUCUGUAUCCAGGGAACAAAUCAUCAGCGAUAUGAAACUUUCCUGCGUCAUUAAAGAAGAUCCUAAUCCGACGACUCGACAACAGUACGAGAAGAAACGCAGAAUGGAUCAUCUGAAGGACAUUCGAGAGCAGUCUGGUGAGGUAACAACAAAUUUGGGACAAUCAAACUCAUUAAGUAAUGAGAGACUAACACCCGUAGAGAAUUCGAGUCCUUGUAAGAAGAAAUCCUAGAGUUUUAGAUAUUUCUUCCAGUGCUGGACACUGCAGAUUGUAGAUUAUCUAACGAGUUAUAUAACAUGUAUAUUGUAUAAGAUGUAUAUUGUA